AUGAUGGAUGUUUAUAAAGAAGAGAACUCCGAUUUGUUGAAUCAUCAAGAGGAAGAAAUCUCAAGAAACUCAAAUAUAAACGAUGAAUUUUCAGAAACACAAUUAAGAGAUAAUGUGUAUGAGGAAAGAGAAGAUGAAUAUAUAAAUAAGCACAACAUGAUGGAUGAUAUACAAAUAAUGGUAGACGAACAAGAUAAUAACAAUAAUUAUGAUAAUAAUAAUUAUUAUGAUGAUAAUAUUAACAAUUAUGAUAAUAAUAAUUAUUAUGAUGAUAAUAUUAACAAUUAUGAUAAUAAUAAUUAUGAUGAUAAUACUAAUAAUAAUAGUUACUAUGAAUAUAAUCAAAAUGCAUAUGAUGAUAACGAGCCAUAUAAUGAUAAUAAUAAUAAUAAUAUUAUAAAUGGUAGUGAAUAUAUAAACGAGAUUCAACAUAAUGAUGAAGAAUUAUAU